AUGCCUCCAAACCUUGUGCGUCAGCUGCCUCGACAGCCAUCUUCUACGCCAUACCGCGCACCCUUAAAUCCACCGAGGCGUCGCGGUCCGCAAUUAGACGUGUAUACACGUACUAAAAUCACUACUCUACGCUCAGAGGGUCUCCAAUAUAAAGAAAUUCACGCCCGUCUGCCUCAUAUUCCUUUCGGAACAAUUGCAUCGACUUGUUAUCUCGAAAAUAAGCGACAAAAUAAUGCUACAUCGCCGCGAUCUGGGCGCCCACGCAAGAUCUCUGAAGAUGAUCGUGAUCGUAUGUCUGAGGCAAUCUAUGGCAAUCCACGUACCAAAAUUGAAGAUCUAAUGGAUGCUUGUGAUUGUCAGGUCCAUCGGUAA